AUGCUGCCUGGUAUUCUGAUGCUCUCUCUCGUGCACGUCACCGACGCCUCAACAAUCGGCUCGGUGAUGUUCCUUCCACAUCUAAUCGUUCCAAUUCUCAUCGUGAUUAUGCUGCUGAUCGUCGGAAUGAUUUUCAAGUGCCUCAAGACUCCCGAACAAUCGCCAAAUAUCGUUCAAUAUCGUGUAUUCGACGAAUCGACUCUUUGA